CCUCAUUUGGAAAAAAAAGUUUUGAAAGAAGAAGAAAGAGAAGAAAGAGCAAUUUCGCGAAUGGAGGAUGAUAUAUAUAGUAACCCUUAAACGUUCCUUGAUCCUUCCUCAUUCAUCUUUGAGAUCGAUCUUUCCUUAAAAGAAUAAUGCCUGUGCCAGAUCCUCGAGCGGGGCAGGCAUUUAUCUGUCUCAUUACCUUAUUUCUUUUCCUCUCGAUUGCUGUCGGAGGAGGUUGUCUCAUUGCAUACACAAUCCUUCCUUACCCUUCAAUCUGGCUCGCUUACAUGGGCAUUUUCUUUGUUUGUCUUCCUUGGUUCUUUUGGAUCUUAACAUUUUCAUACCGCAUUGUUUCACGCACUUUUGGAUUUAGGAUGGUCAUUGGAUCCGGUGGUAACAAUAACAAUUCCAAUGGAGAGGCCAAGCCACGCGAUCUUGAUCCUCCCGAACAAUCUUUAGAAUCUCCUAAUGAUGAACCCGAAGCCAUGGCUCGUCCACAAGGCCAUAUUCUAAUGUCAAUGGAAGGGAACCAAUCCAAGAAACGAAUGUCAACAUCCAGCGUCGGUUCACAUGAAAGUGAGAUGCCACUAGCCAAUUCUAUGGGCUCAUGAUGAUCACAUGUGUUUUGAUACAAAAUGGGAUUGGCAUAGCUAGGCAUCAGGACGGAGAUGCAAACCGCCUCUUGAAAACAUGGAUAUAUUUUUGAUGUUUUUACUUUGUAUCUUAUACAGAUAGAU